GAAAUACCUCUUGAAAAAAAAUGGGCAGAUCCAUUUUUCUUCUUCAGCUUAUACUUUCCUCAUUUCUCCUUUUCACUUUCUUGCUGGAAGCUGUUCCUGGCAACAGAAAGUUAUAUAUUGUAUAUUUGGGAGCUCAUUCCCAUGGUGCCAACCCCACUUCCGUUGAUCUCCAAAUUGCUACCGAUUCUCAUUAUCAUUUAUUGGCUUCAGUCCUGGGGAGUGAAGAGAAAGCGAAAGAAGCAGUAAUUUACUCAUACAACAGACACAUAAAUGGGUUUGCAGCGAUGCUGGAAGAGGAAGAAGCAGCAGAUAUUGCCAAAAAGCCUAACGUGGUGUCAGUGUUCUUGAGCAAAAAACAUAAACUGCACACUACCCGUUCAUGGGAAUUUCUUGGACUACACAGAAAUGGUAAGAACUCCGCAUGGCAAAAGGGAAACUUUGGUGAAAAUACAAUAAUCGCAAACAUCGACACAGGUGUUUGGCCAGAGUCAGAGAGCUUCAGUGAUGAAGGAUAUGGUCCCGUUCCCUCCAAAUGGCGUGGGGGUAAUGUCUGUCAAUUUAACAGUUUUUUAAGCAACAAGACAAAACUAUGCAACAGAAAGCUGAUAGGGGCAAGAUUCUUCAAAGAAGCUUACGAGGCAUAUAACGGUCCACUUGUUACCCAGCUGCAAACAGCGCGUGACCUCAUGGGACAUGGGACCCACACCUUAUCAACAGCUGGGGGCAAUUUCGUCCCAGGCGCCAGUGUAUUUGCUGUGGGUAAUGGCACCGCAAAGGGUGGGUCCCCGAGAGCACGAGUUGCAGCGUACAAAGUGUGUUGGGAUCGGGCGGACCCAUCCGGUUGUUACGGCGCGGAUAUGUUGUCUGCUUUCGACCAAGCCAUCGACGACGGUGUCGAUCUCAUAAAUCUUUCAGUUGGUGGAUUUCACGACGUGAGCCCCGAAGGAAUACUCACCGACGAGGUUUCCAUUGGAGCCUUCCAUGCGAUUUCUAACAACAUACUUUUAGUAGCCUCUGCAGGAAACGAUGGACCAGCUUCUGGUUCUGUGGUAAACGUUGCACCUUGGGUCUUCACCAUUGCUGCUAGCACCAUAGACAGAGACUUUAGCAGCACUUUAACCAUCAACAACAAUAAACAAAUCGAGGGAGCGAGUCUUUUUGUAGAUUUGCCACCGAAUCAGGCCUUUUCGCUGAUCCUCUCCACCGAUGCUAAACUCCCUACUGCUACGUUUCGGGAUGCUCAACUGUGUAGAGCAGGAACACUGGAUCCCAGAAAAGUGAAUGGGAAAAUAGUGUCAUGCAGUCGCGAAAAGAUAAAAUCUGUUGCGGAGGGUCAGGAGGCUCUAUCUGCAGGUGCAAAGGGAAUGGUUGUGAGAAAUCAACCGCAACAGGGAACUACACUUGAAGCUGAGCCCCAUGUUUUCACUGCUGUGGGCGCAUCUAACCCUCAUCCCCACCCCAAACCAAAAUUAUUUACAAAUCACACUGAAUCUACAGAAUUUCAAAUAGCUGACACGGACCCUUUUAAAUCAGGUGCUACCAUAAAAUUGUCUCCAGCAAGAACAUUAUUUGGAAGAAAGCCAGCUCCAGUUAUGGCUUCAUUCUCAUCUAGGGGACCCAAUAAGAUGCUGCCAGCAAUUCUCAAGCCAGAUGUGACUGCGCCUGGUGUGGACAUACUUGCUGCCUACUCAGAAUAUGCAAGUGCAUCAACCUUGCUAACAGACAAACGUCGUGGAUUUAAAUUCAACGUAAUGCAAGGAACUUCCAUGUCUUGCCCUCAUGUUACUGGCAUCGCUGGACUUAUCAAAACACGUUAUCCUAAAUGGAGCCCUGCUGCUAUAAAGUCAGCAAUCAUGACCACAGCAACCACACUUGACAACACUAAAAGAAAAAUACAUGACGGGUUUGUGAAAACAGUGGCAGAUCCCUUUGCUUAUGGUUCAGGACAUGUUCAACCUGACCUUGCCAUAGAUCCCGGCCUCGUUUACGAUCUAGGCCUCACUGAUUACUUGAACUUCUUAUGCGCUUCUGGAUACAACCAACAACUCAUUUCUGCUCUCAAUUACCAUAAAACUUUCAUUUGUUCAGGCACUCACACUGUAACAGAUUUGAACUACCCUUCAAUCACAUUGCCAAAUCUAGGCUUAAAAGCUGUAACCAUUCCUCGCACAGUAACAAAUGUUGGGCCACCAAGCACAUACACAGCCAGCGUCCAAUUGCUUGGAUAUAACAUUACCGUUGUGCCAAGUUCCUUGACUUUCAGCAAAACUGGUGAAAAGAAGACAUUCAAGGUUACUGUGCAGGCAAGCAGUAAAACAAAGCGGAGAACCUAUGAAUUUGGGGAAUUGCGAUGGACAGAUGGAAAACAUAUAGUAAGGAGUCCUAUUACAGUAAAACGCAGAUAAAAACAUCUUCAAUGGAGUUGGUUGUGUUGGGAUCCUUACUUAUCUACUGUAUGUUUAAAUGUUUCACUCUGGCUAGGAUCUCAUGUAAAUAAUAAUAAAUGUCUGUGUGUUUCUUUUAA